AUGUGGUGGGACAUCUAUCUGUACUUCGACUCAUCAAUGACUGAGCCUGGGUUCAAGACUGGAUUGUUCCUUAGAUCCGAGUACAGUGCCCUUGGACAGGCGUUGAACUCAAUGAACCAAGACUACACCAGCUUCAUUGGAUACAAUAAUGAGCACACGACCACUGCCGCUCCAACGAUGGCACCUACCAAGACUCAGUCCAGAUUCUAUGAUAAGAACUUGGGUAGCAGCAUUCCUUAUCCACCCAAGGGUGACUACUCUAGGAUCAAAGGAGCACACGAGAAAGGAAUGGUUGCAUGGGACGAUCGCGGCAGGGGACUCUGGCUACAACAUACCCUUCCAAACUUUCCAAACAUUGCAGCAAUAGGCCAGUCGCCUUGGAACGCCAAGGACCACAAGUUCAACGUUGUGAGGGGCAAGUUGGACUAUCCCCUGGACUCGGUGGAUUUUCUGCGCUUCUCCUACCUUGGUUGGAAUCCAUCGAAUGUCUUCCCAUGGAACAUCGCCAAUCCCAUUGCAAAAGAUGGCAAUACGCACAAGACAAUGAUCAAGAGUCCUCAAUUCCGGCCAGCUUAA